AAAUUAACCAGUAAAUAUAAUAACUUAAUUAGAAAAAAAAAUAUUUACUAUUUGAUAUACUUUUUUUAAAUAAUAAAUCAUUAUUUAGUUAAAAAAAUGAGCUCGGGAUUUGUGUCCGAAGCUGAACUUGCUGAGCAACGGAAAGCUAGACAAGAAGAAUGGGAGCGUGUGAGAACUGCUGAAGAUCCAAUUGAACGUCCGGAAGAAAAAUAUGAUCCCAGGCCGCUGUAUGAAAAGUUACAGGAGCAAAAAAACAAACGAGAUCUUGAAUAUGAAGAAGCUCACAAACUUAAAAAUAUGAUAAAAGGUCUAGAUGACGAUGAAGUUGAAUUUCUAGACCUGGUCGACAGAAAAAAACUAGAAGAAGAAAGAAAGAAGAAAGAAGAAGAAGCUCAAGAGCUGCGUGACUUUAAAAAAGCCGUUGCUUCUCUGCAAGAUAAAAUUCAGGAAGAGAGACUCAAGUCCGAGUUAAAGCCUCUGUCUACUGGAAGCAAAACAGCUGGUAAACAUUCCCAGGUCAAAGUAUUAGCAGGUGUUGUUGUUAACAGACCUGACAAGUCAGGAUCCAGCCAAGGUACCAAGAGAAAAUUGUCCGAGACUGAUACCAAUGACGACUCGCCAAAAAAAGAAAUAAAAACAGCGCAGCCAACAAGUCAGUCAGUAGGAAUGAAAUGUAUUGGAAUUCUUCCAGGAAUCGGGUCUUAUAAUGAUUCAAGCGAUACUGAUUGUUCGUCGGAUUCAGAAGCAGAGUAUGCUAAUCCUGUCAAGUAUGAUUUGUUAGGGAGGAAAAUAGAAAUAAAGUCUGAGGAUAAAAGCUAGGGAUUAGAAAUAGGGAUUAUUAAAAAGCACAAAUAGUAACCAUGCGCAGCAAUAAGACUGCCACGUGUCGAGGCUCUGCUGAUGUUUUUAUAUUUCAAAAACCGCAUUGUACAAAUAAUUGUAAUUGUUUACUUGUUUUCUCAAUUGCUAUUGUAAAAUAACACGAGUUUU